GGCGGUGACAGAAGCGCCGUCGCGGGCUGCGCUGUAACCCUAGGAGCGUUGGUUCCUGUGCGGGCGGUGCUGAUGGUGGAGGAUGCUGCCGGUCACAGAACACCUGCUGCACAUCCUCGGGCUGGAGAAGACUGCCUUCCGCCUCUAUGCCGUGUCCGCACUUCUCCUGUCCCUGCUCUUCUUCCUCUUCCGCCUGCUGCUGCGGUUCCUGAGGCUCUGCCAGCGCUUCUACAUCACCUGCCACCAGCUGCGCUGCUUCCCCCAGCCGCCUCGGCGCAACUGGCUGCUGGGCCACCUGGGCAUGUAUCUCCCAAAUGAGUCAGGCCUCCAAGAUGAGAAGAAGGUGCUGGACAAUAUGCACCAUGUGAUCCUCGUGUGGAUGGGGCCUGUCCUGCCACUGCUGGUUCUGGUGCACCCUGACUACAUCAAGCCCCUGCUGGGUGCCUCAGCUGCCAUUGCCCCCAAGGAUGAUCUUUUCUAUGGCUUUCUGAAACCUUGGCUGGGAGAUGGACUGCUGCUCAGCAAAGGUGACAAGUGGAGCCGGCACCGUCGCAUGCUGACACCUGCCUUCCACUUUGAUAUUCUGAAGCCCUACAUGAAGAUAUUCAACCAGUGCACUGACAUCAUGCAUGCUAAGUGGCGACGCCUGGCACAGGGCUCGGUGGUCUCCCUUGACAUGUUUGAACAUGUCAGCCUCAUGACCCUGGACAGUCUUCAAAAGUGUGUCUUCAGCUACAACAGCAACUGCCAGGAGAAGUUGAGUGAUUACAUCUCGGCCAUCAUCGAGCUGAGUGCCCUGGCUGUGCGUCGCCAGUAUCGCCUGCACCACUAUAUUGAUUUCAUCUAUUACCGCUCGGCUGAUGGACGACGGUUCCGGGAGGCCUGUGACACGGUGCACCAUUUCACCACCGAGGUCAUCCAGGAGCGACGGAGGGCAUUACGUCAGCAGGGGGCUGAGGCCUGGCUUAAGUCCAAGCAGGGCAAGACCUUGGACUUCAUUGAUGUCUUGCUUCUGGCAAGGGAUGAAGAUGGAAAGGAACUGUCGGAUGAAGACAUCCGGGCUGAAGCAGACACCUUCAUGUUUGAGGGUCAUGAUACCACAUCCAGCGGGCUCUCGUGGGUGCUGUUCAACUUGGCCAAGUAUCCAGAGUACCAGGAGAAGUGUCGGGAAGAAAUCCAGGAAGUCAUGAAAGGCCGGGACCUGGAGGAGCUGGAAUGGGAUGACCUGACCCAGCUACCCUUCACAACCAUGUGCAUCAAAGAGAGCCUGCGUCAGUUCCCACCUGUGACGUUGGUCUCCCGCCGCUGCACCCAGGACAUCAAGCUGCCAGAUGGGCGCAUCAUCCCCAAAGGAAUCAUCUGCCUGGUCAGCAUCUACGGGACUCACCACAACCCCACAGUGUGGCCUGACUCAAAGGUGUACGACCCCUACCGCUUCGACCCGGACAAGUCGCAGCAGCGUUCUCCGCUGGCCUUCGUGCCCUUCUCAGCAGGACCCAGGAAUUGCAUCGGACAGAGCUUCGCCAUGGCGGAGAUGCGCGUGGCGGUGGCGCUGACGCUCCUGCGCUUCCGCCUGACAGUCGACAGAACGCGCAAGGUGCGGCGGAAGCCGGAGCUCAUCCUGCGUACGGAGAACGGCAUCUGGCUCAACGUGGAACCGCUGCCUCCUCGGGCCUGAGCGCCCGCGCGUACCUGCUGACCCCGGGGACCCAGGACCCACUUCGGAGGGGCCGAACCUCCCCCCGACUCCGCAAAGACCCUGGUAGCAGAGACCACGCCCCUCGAAGUGCUGGCUGAGUCCAGGCUCCUCCGCAGGGCAGAGUGACAGUGCAGGCCACGCCCCCUAAAGCAAGGCCCUCCCUCCUGAGACUCUGAUCCCGCCCCUGUGCCCCAGGUCCCGCCCCCCGAGUGCCUUUUCCUGCCCUCUUAGGGGCAGGAGCAGGCUCGGCCACGCCUGCUAGAUUCCAGGCCAAGCUCCUCUUGGGUCCUGCUCUGGCCCCCAAGUUCCUGCAGAUUCAGGCCCCCAGGCCUGGUCACCAAACCCUGUGAGGACCUAAGAACAGACACUUAAGAUCUCUCGAAUUUAAGCCUGGGAUCCCUACUGGCUUCUGAAUUGAGGACUUGGAGUUGGAGUCAGAGGUCAGCUUUGAACUCAAACAGCACCUUCCUGAGUUCUACCCCCCCACCCCUCUCUGCUCUUAUGGACCCACUCCUCAGGCAUCAGGGUGCACCCUAGGGCCGUGGGCAGUUUGCUUUUGUUGUUUUGUAAACCCAAACUCUCACAAACUUCUUCCUUCCUUACUCAGAGGCCCUUUGCCUACUAUUUUGAUUAUUUUGUAGAAUAAAAGCAAAGGAUGCAGACUCCCUCUUCUUCCUCCCUCAUCCUCUGGUUUGGCCAGACCCUACAUCUGGAGC